UAAAUUUGCUAUAUAAAUUUAAUAAUCAUUUAAUUGUAUGAACGUUCUCAAAACCUGUAUCCUUUAUUGUGAAGUUAUUAUUGUCAUGUAGAUAGCAUUUGCUUGUUUGGUACUGUUGCCAAGGUUCCUAGUUGGCUGUUGUAGCAAGGGGGGGGCUUAAUUAGCGACGCACCGUAGCAGUAUGUGUGACGUUUUUCAGCCUCGCGGCAAAAGCUGGAAGACCAUUGUGCGGGGAAUGAGGGGAGACCGUGUUGAUGUCUGACCGUGCUGCUGUUUGUAUCUAACUGCCCCUCCUGCUAUUUGCAGGUGUGUGUCUUUAAUAAAAGUGCAGAUCCUGAUCCCUGCUGUAACAUCAUUCGUCAGCAACCAUUCAAGAGCCGCUACAUAAACUGGUGCCGUGACCCGGAUUCAUUGGUCAGCCGCUGCCGAUCUCCGAGGGCUCAGCUGUGUGCUUGUGACGUCUGGGAUGCCAAGUUGGUCGACCUGUGGAUCCUAGGCUAUUGAAGUGAUUGCUGACAUUCCGUACAGAUGUAUAUGUUUAAUAUCAUUAUUCAAGAGGACAUAUAAGUGGUGUAAUAAGUUUCUGUGAGAUCUGUAUUACUGUUUCAAUUUAAUUUAAUUUAAACACUGCCACCUGUGUUGUAUGCAAAAUGGCAGGUAGAGGUCACAAUACUUUCAAUGUUUUCACACCGGUUAUGGCAAGAGGGAGGGUUUUGUUCAACCCAGACAGUUUAAUCCAGGUUAGGGGUCCAGUGACAAAUAGUGGUGGACUAUUAGAAUCAGAUGACGUUCCCCCACUUGAACCCCAGUUCUCUACCCCCGUUGCAAACAAUGAAAGCACCAUUCAGCAGUUACGUGAUCUCAUUGGUGAGUUAGGGGACCAGAUAGGUGAAUCAGUAGCCAGUCGCCUGUUAGCAAGUCAGUCCCAGCUCACCUCAGAAAAGCCUUCUGUGACUAAACCAGUUAAAGUUGAGGCAUCAGAUGCAACAGUUGACUUUUCUAAAAUGAGUCUAGUAGUGAGACCUGACAUUAAAGAGCCUCCUAUGUAUCGUGGAGAUGGAGAUGACAAGUGUUCAGUCCAGGAGUGGAUUGAAAUGAUGGAGCUGUACUUGCAAAAGAAAGGUUCAUCAGCCGAGGAGCAGAGGGACGAGGUUCUGGGACAUCUUCUUGGCAGGGCCAAAAGUAUUGUCAAAAUUGGACUAAAGAGCUGCCCAUCAGUCAACCCUGAAGUGAUUUAUGGCAUAUUGAGACGCUAUUUUAGCGAGACACCUGGAUCUUGUUUACCACUGGCCGACUUUUAUGCCACUCAACCAAUAACAAAUGAGUCACCAGUAGACUACUGGGUAAGGCUUAAUGCAGCCGCUGAUGUAGCCGACAGACACUUGGAAAAUCGAGGAAACAGAAUGAGUCAAAUGGAUGCUGAGGUGGCCAUGAUGUUUAUCAGAAACUGCCCGGACCCCAACCUUGCUUGUGUGUUUAAGUGCAAACCCAUAAGUAAGUGGACUCUUGCCGAGGUGCAGGAAGCUAUUGAUGAGCAUCAAAGAGAACACCGGGUCAAAAAACCGGCAGCAAACACAGCUAAACCAAGGGUUCUCCAGAUGGCGACUGCUGUACCAGUAAUCACUUCUCCAGAACCUGAGAUUGAUCAAGUCCAUGUAAAUACAGCCAAAACCUCUGCAGCCAGUCCACCCCUGUCAAAUGAUGCAACCGCUUCAGAACCAAACGCUCUGGAACGUGUGCUAAGCAUGUUGGAGAGAGUGUUGGAACGCACCAACCAGCCUGUUCAUUCCUCGAACCCUCAUCAUCUCAGUCCAGCUCGUUUCACCCCUUGCCAAGUCUGUGAUGGAGGGGCGACACCAUACCAGAUUCCAUUGGGACUGUCAAACUGACCCAGGCAGUAACUCUUCUUCCAAAACAGGAGCACCUUGUCUGGGGUCGGCUGCCUAGCACAUCUCCCCUUUCUGAAGGCAGCGCCAUUUUGGUUGAACCAUCAAAAGCACAAAUCCACAAGAAAGACAUCAUUGUCUGCAGGUCAGUAUCCUCCAUGAACAGUGACAGGUGGGUCCCAGUCCGCAUCCUUAACACCUCUGAUAAAGCCAUCACUUUAAAGCGCCACACAAAGGUAGCAGAUGUGUCCCCCUGCAUAGCCCUUGAAGAUCUGGAGGUGACUCCUGAGCAACAUGCUCCUGCAAAAGUUGGUGCACACCAGCAAUCUGUGGACUGUGAAAAAAACAGUAACCCCAGUCCCCCUAGUUUGUCUAGUUUCCACAGCAAUCUACAAGACUUAGGACUGAGUGA